UGGCGGAAUUGGAGCGUAUAACGACCAGCGGCUACUAGAGAAUGAGCGGGGAGAUGAGCUCAGGAGUUCCGUUUCAAUGGCAGACGAGACGAGAUCGAAAUUAAUCGCUGUACUUUGGUAUUAGUGUGAUUGAUAUGCUGAUUGAUUGAAUUACACUCUUCGUAUCUCGGAUCGAACUCGCUGCCUCAUCAAACUGGCAAUGCGAUUGAUCGCAUCGUUACCCCGCCGCCAUCGUUGGCGGCAAUCGCCACCGCUCCCAUUAAUUUUUGCUUCUUUCAAUUACUCUCACCCUUCGUCGUCGUCUUCUUCAUCUUCACAAUCCUUAUUUAGUACCUCAAUAAGCAACUACACCACCACCUCAAUUCUCCUUAACUACCGUAAAAGCAACUGCAGCACUCCGCAUAACUAUAUUCGGUUCUCCCGACGAUUUUCUACAGAAAUUCCUCUGCAAGGAUCAGACGAGUUCAGUUUUCCUGUAAAAGCUGUAAUCUCCCUGCUCGAUUCUUAUCACGAUGCUUCUGGCUUACCCUGGUGGGUUGUAAUAUCAUCGUCUACAGUGGCUUUGAGGCUUGCAUUGUUUCCUCAAAAAGUUUUGCAACUCAAAAAAUUGAAGAGGAUAGCAGAGCUGCUGCCUAAACUACCUCCACCAUUUCCACCGCCUCUGUCUGGACGAAGUUUCAGAGAUCAGCUUACCCUUUUCUUCAAGGAAAAGAAGACUGCUGGGUGCCCGUCACUUUUUUGGUUUAUUUCAUCACUGGUCAUUGAGGUCCCCUGCUUUUUUGUGUGGCUAAUGAGCAUCCGUAGGAUGUCGUUAAAUAAUCACCCUGGUUUUGAUAGUGGAGGAACUUUAUGGUUUGAGAAUUUGACUGAAUAUCCACAUGGUACACUGGGUCCUAUUUUCCCACUGAUAAUUGCAGGCCUGCAUUUCACCAUUGUUCAGAUUUCUCUUCAGAGACAUUCACGUGAGAAUUUACAAGGUUUAUUGGGAUCAUUAAUGAAGAUAUACAAGAUUUAUUUGGAACUGCUGACUUUGCCUAUCUUGGUUGCUACAUUCAAUGUUCCUCAGGGGAGCUUGAUAUAUUGGCUGACAAAUAGCUCUAUGAGCCUGACACAGAUAGUGAGCUUACAAAACCCCAAAUUUCUUGAUCUUCUUGGGAUUCCUAAAAUGAAUGCUGCAGCUCUUGCUCCAACUGAGCAAGAAAGACAAAGCUCAGCAGCAGCAGCAGCAGGUAAUAUUAUUCGUACAAAGGACGGUCAGAUCUCUGUAGAAACACUAUCACCUGAAGAAUUGGUUUCUUAUUCAGUCAAAAUCUUAACUGAUGGCCGUAAGGAUACUGCAAUUAGAUAUCUAAGAAUUGCUCUUGAAAAGGAUCCUGGAAAUGUAAGAGCUUUGCUUAUUAUGGGGCAGACAUUAAUUCAAAAUAAACAAUUUGCAGAGGCGGUUGACUACUUAGAAAAGGCAAUUUCAAAGCUCCGCGAUGCCAACUAUCCUACAGAAGUUGAAAAGGUCGAUCAUCUGAUUCUUUCAUCUCUAUGGGCUGGUAUUGCUAAUGUGAAGCAGGGAAAGAUGGAGGAGGGUCUUCAGCAUCUCGAAAGAAUAGGUCAAUUAGAAGAGCCUGAGGAUUCUAAGAGCAAGGCACACUACUAUGAUGGUUUACUUGUUCUUUCAAGUGCUUUGCUUAAUGUGGACCGUAAAGCUGAGGCAUUAAAAUACUUGCAAAAGGCUGCUGCUUAUAACCCUGAGUACAAUGUGUAUUUGGAACAACUGGAAGCAGAGACACAGGAUUUUACAAGCGAUCUAGUUAACAGCAGGAGGGAAUUCUAAGCUAGCACAACUAGUACAGCAACCAAAGGGGCACAUCCAAAUUCUUCCGUAAGCCUUUGGUGGAUGGAUGACCAUGAUGCCUCCGACACAUACAAGUUAAUCGAAUAACGCUCUCCUCCAUGAUGGUCCGGUACUACACCCUGACUGAAUUCAUACGUUCCAUUUGAUUGUUUAUGUUUUUUGUACAAUACACCCUGACUCAAUUUAUAUGUUCUAUCUGAUUGAUUAUGUUAUCGUACAAUAAUAGGGGGAUGAGUUAUUAUGCCAGAAUUGUGAUGAUGAUUAGUGUUUGAAAGAUUUUGAUUGCUGCAAAAACAAGCAUGAUAUUGAUUAUUUGAUUGUUAGACUGUGCACUCUCAUUCCUAGCUUUUGAAUUAAUUUUAUACAUACAUCACAUAUCUGUUUCUUGUUAUUUGAUUUUGGGUCGGCAUCUGGUAUCUGACUAAGCUCGGCAUCGCCAUUCCUCCUGUGUAAUCCAACGAUUACUAC